AUGGACCGCUGGAGGGGCAGAGUGGCCCUGGUGACCGGGGCCUCUGUUGGGAUCGGUGCCACCAUUGCCAAAGAGCUGGUCCGGCAUGGUAUGAAGGUGGUGGGCUGUGCCAGAGACGUGGAGAGAAUACAGGUCUGUUUGUGACUUGAAACUUUUCUAUUCUCCUUAAGAAUCACUGGUAGUUGCAGAGAGCGCAGCUUUUACUUGCUAUAAACGUCCUGAUUGUCGUAUAUUUAAAAAAAAGUGAUUAGAUGGAGUUUUUAAAAAAGAUAAAUUAAAACUCUUUUUUUUUUUUUUCCCCCCCUAUCACAGCAGCCUAAUUUAACAUGUAUUAAAUAGGCUGAAUAAGUAGAUCAUGAAUGUAGUCUAACAGGCAAAUUCAUCAUAUUUUCAAAGUAGAGUAGAAAAAUUGGUCGUUGUUUAUCAUUGUUGUCUUGAAUAAAUCAUUUUCUCUUUGUAAGUCUUUCACCAGCCAUAUAGGUUUGGUAGUAAGUGAUGACUUUGUUAAUGUUUCUCCUGCUCGUUGGCUAAAUUCCAAGUGAUGACAAAGGUGAAACUGAUCCCUGGUUCUUAUGUAAAACAGAAAAAACAGUUAAUCUUCUUCCCUAAAGGUGUUUCUUCUGUACACACAUAAAAACAGGUUGUGGUUUACACGACUGUAUAUUAAUUUCAUAAGCUGUCUUUCUUUUAAAAACACACAUUUAAAGAAGCUUGUGAUAAACAGUUACUACAGUUACUGAACUUUGGCUGUUACAACUUUUCCUUCAGAUGUCAACAAAGUCUGCGAAGAGAAAGGACUAUUUAAUUUACAGAAGAGGCUGAAGAACUUUCUUUAGACACAUUAAAAAUAAAACCAACUUCACUGAGUACAUCGUAAAAUUCACAUCUGUUUGAUAUGAUUUCAGAAACUGGCAGCUGAGUGUCAAAGUGCCGGCUACAGCGGCGUUUUGGUGCCUUAUAAAUGCGACCUGACCAACGAGGAGGAGAUCCUGUCCAUGUUCUCUGCCAUCAAAUCUCAACACAAAGGUGUGGACGUGUGCAUCAACAACGCAGGCCUGGGUCAUGCAGAGCCGCUGUUAAGUGGAAGAACCAGCGGCUGGAAGGACAUGUUUGACGUAAGAGCAAACAGUAGGUUAUGAGGUCUGAAAAAAACACAUUUCACCUCUGUCUGUUCAAACUUUGGUGUCUUUAUUUACUGUUGAUUUGUUGUUUUUUGUCUUGCAGGUGAACGUUCUUGCGUUGUGCAUUUGUACACGUGAAGCGUAUCAGUCAAUGAAAGAGAGAAAUGUGGAUGAUGGGCACAUAAUACACAUUAACAGGUACAGUUAAUGUUUCAAUAAGGAGUUUUUUCAUGACCAAAGAAAAGAAGUUUAAAGUAUGACUCAGAAAUAAACUUGGUUAUCAAACAAGGUGUGUCAGCCUUAUCUCCAGCUGUUACUUGUGAUUACUGUGUGAUUAAAUGCCGACCUGGUUUAUCCAUUUAUUCUUCUGUUUCAGCAUGAGUGGACAUGUUGUGUUGCCAAUCCCUGACACACACUUUUACUCCUGUACCAAGUUUGCUGUGACGGCCCUGACAGAGGGUUUGAGACAGGAGCUGCGUGAGGCGAACACCCACAUCAGAGCCACAGUGAGACUUCAGCGCCGGUUAUCUACUUUGAACAAAACCACUCUAGCUACAGAUUAUCAUUAUUUACUUCCGAUAAGUUGUGUUAAGCAGGUGGCCCCCUUCCCCUCUACGUGCAUUUCAUGGUCCCUGUGAGGAAAUUCAUUGUCACUGUUUGUGCAUUACAAGGAGACAACGCUGGACAUCACAGACAAUGACAGUAUUCAGCCGACAUGGCAGUAAACAACAGUGACAAUAACAAUGCAGUGACAGGCAGACAGAUCAGCGGGGCCUGCUGUUCAGGGCGGCUAUGGCUGCAGGGAUCAGGCUUCUCCCCAGGCGAGCCCUCCUGAACUUGAUUGAUCUGUACCUGCGCCCUGAGGGUAGUGGGAUGAUGUACUGGUGUAGUGGGUGGGUGAUCCCCUGUACUACGGUGUUUGCGAGAAGAGUGAUGGACCUGUUUAGUUCUGUGAGGUUGGGUGCAGGGAGAUCAAUGAUUUUUGCAGCUGUGUUUGUGAUUCUUAUGAGUUUGUGACAGAAAGCAUUGUGAAAAAACACAUGGAGCAGUAAAGAAGGAUGGGUUUCACGUGCAUAUGUGAAAAGCCAAGGCAGCAAAGAGUCAGUUAGUGAAAGAGUUGGCGGUGAUAGCUCGAGGUUGAAGCAGUUAAAACAGGAAGUCCAUUUUGACAUUUGGAUGUGCAGAAGAUAAUUGAUAACUUGGGGUUAUGAUCAGCUGAUUUAUCCAAGGCUGAGCUUGACUUGAUGGCUGACCUAACGUCACAUAGUGCUCAAUUAAAAAUACACAUAUUCAUACUUUUUUCCCACACUUUAACACAUAAGUUAUCUCUGACAAUCCUCUGCUUUUUCAGUGUAUUUCUCCUGGUUUGGUGGUGACUGAAUUUGCCCAGCGGCUCUACCCUGAUAAUCCUGAAAGAGCUGCUGCUCUAUUCUCUAAGAUAAAGGUAAAUAUAUUUUUCAUACUCAGUAUUUCUGGUAAAAUUAGAAAAACAAAUCUCUUACUCUAAUUCUGUUACAGGCUAUGGAUACCAUAGAUGUUGCAAACGCUGUUAUAUAUGUCCUGAGUGCCCCUCCACAUGUGCAGGUGUGUGGUUUCUCUUUCUUAUAUAUGUCGGAACGUAAUGAAUAAAUUUUUUAUAACCCUCACUCCUUUUUGUUUUGCAUUAUGAAUAUUUAUAAUAACAUAACCUUUAAUAUGCUUUCUCUAACAGAUCAGAGAUGUACAGAUGCUACCUGUGGAGCAGGUGUUGUAG